UCAGCUUAAUAUGACGAGGUUAUUGACAUUAAAAAAAUUACGCAUCAAUAGUCUACAAAUGCUGGCAGAUUAGAUCUUCCGGUAUUCACAGAAUGUCAUGUGCUCGAAACUGUCACGUAACUCAGUGACACGCAAAAUGAAAGAGGUAAAUUGAUCAAGUGGCAUGUGGAAAUAAUUGUUAUUAAUCAUGUUCCGUCUGACCAUAGCCCUGGUUCGUCGGGGUCACAUCAGGCGCAUGUUUCUCCAUACAAAGCCUGAAAUUCGACCGAAGGAUCCCGAGAGAAAGGGCAAGUUUCAAGUGACUAUCAUAGGACUGAAUCCGGUCGCGCAAAGUCUUUCCUUGCUGCUCAAGAACCAUCCGCUCGUGAGCAGGAUAGUGCUAUACGAUCGGCCGAAGUUUACGUACGGCGUGGGGCUGGACCUGUCGCACAUCCCGAGCGGGCCGGUGGCCGAGGGGCGCGCCGGUCACGUGGGCGCGGCUCUGCACAACGCGGACGUGGUGUGCCUGGCCUGCGGGGAGCUCAGGAAGCCUGGUCAGACGGACUAUGAUCUGUUUAAAGUGAACGCGGAUCUCCUCAUCCACCCCGUGCAAGAACUGUGUCGACUGUGUCCCGACGCGUUCGUGGUAGACCUCACCGAGCCCAUCAACUACACGGUCCCGCUUAUCAGCAGAGUGAUGGCAACUGAAGAAACCUAUGACCCGAACAAAGUGUUGGGCGUCACGGGUAUAGAUUCCAUGAGAGCCCAAGCUCGUCUGCACCAGCUUUAUGAGAUACCAGAGCCGCUGAAAGAGAUCCACGUGCCGGUCGUGUGCGGACACUCGGCUAGCACGUCGGUUCCGCUGGUAUCCCACGUGCGGCCGUGGGUGAACAUCGACGCCAAGGGAGCCGCGAAUAUCAUAGAGUUUGUGAGGGAGGCAUCGAACGGCAUGCUGCAGAGCGGCUCGUUCCAAACCAGCCAGCUGACCGCUUUCGCGGGCGUGCAGAUGGUGUCGGCUAUCCUCAACGCCCUAAAUGGCAAUCCUGACGCACAAAUCGCGUUUGUGGCCAAUGACGCAUAUAAGACCAAAUUCUUUGCAAGUCCUGUAAAAAUUCAAAAAGAUGGCAUCUCCAAAAUAGUGGAUUUUAAAGUCAUAAGUAAUAUAGAACACACAUAUCUGUGUGAAUCACUUGAAGAACUAGCAUUAGAUGUGGAUGACGCAGAGUCCUACUAUAAAGAAAUCUGUCACAAAUUAACUUAA